AUCACUGUUCUAGGCAGUCAGCAGAGCCAUUUUGGCUUCUACAUUACAGGGUACUCCAAGAUCUCUCCUCCAAGAACACUUCUUCCACACGAGUAAGCCUCACUGGGCACCCAGCUACACGACACCUCUCUGGAACAAUUAAGGACCCUCUGAAAAACAGAGGGAAAAGGAGAUUGUUUUCGACAUUUAAGAGGAAGAGCUGUAUAAAACAAGAGAAUCUGAGAAAGCAGCACAAGAGGCAGUUGUGGGAGCUGAUCUGUAGAAUCAAUAGUUGAGUGCAUCAGAGGAUCAACAUUGUAAAAGUGUGAGUGUUUACCUGGACUUAUAGGAGUGCUUUCACCACAAAUACAGAGGCACCAUGGCAGGGGCCUCAGUGAAGGUGGCGGUGAGAGUCCGCCCCUUCAACUCUCGAGAGACCAGUAAAGAGUCGAAGUGCAUCAUCCAGAUGUCUGGAAACACAACCACUAUCAUCAACCCCAAAGCACCUAAGGAGAACAAGAGCUUCAAUUUUGAUUACUCCUACUGGUCACAUACCUCGCCAGAGGAUAUCAACUAUGCCUCCCAGCAGCAGGUGUACAGAGACAUUGGAGAGGAGAUGCUACUCCAUGCCUUUGAGGGCUAUAACGUCUGUAUUUUCGCAUACGGCCAGACAGGGGCUGGAAAAUCGUAUACUAUGAUGGGAAAACAGGAGAAGGACCAGGAAGGAAUCAUCCCACUGCUGUGUGAAGACCUUUUCACCAAGAUUAAUGAAACCAAUACUGAUAACAGUAUGUCUUAUUCUGUGGAGGUUAGUUAUAUGGAGAUUUACUGUGAGCGGGUACGAGAUCUAUUGAACCCCAAAAACAAGGGAAAUUUGCGUGUGCGCGAGCACCCCUUACUGGGCCCGUAUGUAGAGGACCUGUCCAAACUCGCUGUCACAUCUUAUAAUGACAUCCAAGACCUGAUGGACUCAGGGAAUAAGGCCAGGACAGUAGCUGCCACUAACAUGAACGAGACAAGCAGCCGUUCCCACGCUGUCUUCAACAUCAUCUUCACCCAGAAGCGGCAUGACGCAGAGACAGACAACACGUCAGAAAAGGUCAGCAAAAUCAGUCUUGUGGAUUUAGCUGGCAGUGAGAGAGCAGACUCCACUGGAGCCAAAGGAACACGACUCAAGGAAGGGGCAAACAUCAAUAAAUCCCUCACUACCCUGGGUAAAGUAAUUUCUGCUCUGGCUGAGGUGGAUUCUGGAUCAAACAAGAACAAAAAGAAGAAGAAAGUGGAAAGUUUUAUUCCUUACAGAGAUUCUGUAUUGACCUGGCUCCUGAGAGAGAAUCUUGGUGGCAACUCUCGCACUGCAAUGGUGGCCGCUCUCAGUCCAGCCGACAUCAAUUAUGAUGAAACCCUCAGCACUCUUAGGUAUGCGGACAGGGCUAAGCAGAUCCGUUGUAAUGCUGUGAUCAAUGAAGAUCCUAAUAACCGUUUGGUGCGUGAGCUGAAAGAUGAGGUGUCCCGUCUAAAGGACCUCCUCUACGCCCAGGGCCUGGGUGACAUCAUUGAGACGGGGACAUUCAUAUUAAAAGAGGAUCUGGAGUUCAGCUCUCUGGCGUUUCGGGGGACAGUUGAGGAUUUUACUGGUUUGAAAUACUUAUCCGAUUACAAGAACAAUAACAAUAGUGGCCAAGCUGUCAAUCAAAGAGGUGAUCUCUCCACAGUGACCAAUGCUAUCACCGGGAUGAGCCCCUCUCCCUCUCUCUCCGCCCUGUCCAGCCGGGCUGGCUCCAUCAGCAACCUGCAUGAUCGCAUCAUGUUUAGCCCUGGAAGUGAGGAAGCUAUUGAGAGACUCCAGGAAACAGAAAAAAUCAUUGCUGAGCUCAAUGAAACAUGGGAAGAGAAGCUUCGCCGAACAGAGGCCAUCAGAAUGGACAGAGAAGCACUGCUAGCAGAGAUGGGUGUGGCAAUGCGUGAGGAUGGAGGAACUGUUGGUGUCUUUUCACCAAAGAAGACACCCCACUUGGUGAAUCUAAACGAAGAUCCUUUGAUGUCUGAAUGUCUCUUAUAUUACAUCAAAGAUGGAAUUACCAGGGUGGGAAGAGAGGACGCCAGCACAAGGCAGGACAUUGUUUUGAGUGGUCAUUUCAUUAAGGAGGAACACUGCACUUUCACCAGCAGCACUGGACCCAUGGGAGAAGCUGUCAUUCUGGAGCCAUGUGAGGGAGCAGAAACGUACGUCAAUGGGAAGAGAGUGACAGAGCCCACUGUUCUUAGAUCAGGGAACCGAAUCAUUUUGGGCAAGAGCCACGUGUUUCGCUUUAACCAUCCAGAGCAGGCCCGUCAGAAACGUGAGAGGACCCCGUGUAGCGAGACCCCGAUGGAGCCUGUAGACUGGGCGUUUGCUCAACGAGAACUGCUGGAGAAACAGGGCAUUGAUAUGAAACAAGAAAUGGAUCAGAGACUGCAGGAACUUGAAGAUCAGUAUCGCAAGGAAAGAGAAGAGGCCAACAAUCUACUGGAGCAACAGAGAUUAGAUUAUGAGAGCAGACUUGAAGCCCUCCAGAAGCAGGUUGAUCGAUGUUACCCUGACCUAGCAGAAGAAAAUGAUGAACCUGAGGAGGAAGUGCAAUGGACCGAGAGGGAGAGAGAACUAGCACUGUGGGCAUUCCGUAAAUGGAGAUGUUACCAGUUCACAUCCCUCAGAGACCUGCUCUGGGGCAAUGCCAUCUUUCUCAAGGAGGCCAAUGCCAUUAGUGUGGAGCUUAAGAAGAAGGUUCAGUUCCAGUUUGCAUUAUUGACAGACACACUGUACUCUCCUCUUCCGCCUGACCUGUUACCACAUGAGGCUACCAAAGACCGGGAGAAGAGCCCAUUCCCUCGCACCAUUGUGGCUGUAGAAGUCCAAGAUCAGAAAAAUGGAGCCACACAUUACUGGACCCUGGAGAAGCUCAGGCAGAGGCUGGACCUGAUGAGGGAGAUGUAUGAUCGUGCUGCUGAGGUGCCAAGCAAUGCUCUGGACGACUGUGACAGUGUCUUGACAGGAGGAGAUCCUUUCUACGACCGGUUCCCCUGGUUCCGUCUGGUUGGGAGUGAGCAAGCAAGUGACCCCAACUCCUCCCCCACCCACUCUGAGCCCACUUCGACCUCUGAACUCACUGAGCUGGUCCAUUCAUGGCCCGACAAGAAGGUGGGGACAGAGUUGGACGACUUGGACGAUGAUUUCUUAUCGGAUGACACAUGGUCGGAUUUUGAGGAGGAGGGGGAGGAUGCAGAGAAUGAUGAUGAGGGAGAGCUGUGCAGAAGCUCCAACAAAGCUGAGGACCCGUUUUACAAUCGCUCGCCAUUGUUCAGUGUAGUGGGAAGGGCAUUUGUGUAUUUAAGUAAUCUGCUCUAUCCCGUGCCCCUUGUGCAUCGGAUUGCCAUCGUCAGUGAGAAGGGCGAGGUCAAAGGUUUCCUCAGAGUCGCUGUACAGGCAAUAUCAGGUGCUCUGGUUUUUCCUCCAGCUGAUGAGGAGGCACCAGACUACGGCUCUGGUGUCAGACAGUCAGGGACCGCCAAGAUUUCUUUUGAAGACCAGCAGUUUGAGAAGUUCCAAUCAGAGUCCUGCCCUACUGGUCUGUCCCGUGAUGGGGUUUCUCAGGAGGAACUGCGGAUUGUGGAAGGGGAGGGCCAGAAUGCAGAGAUGAGUCUGUCAGCAGAUGAGGUCAACAAUAAUACCUGUGCAGCUAACCCAGAGGAGCUGGACAGCCCUGUCAAAACAGGUCUUGAUGGCAUACUGGACGGAGCUCUGGAUCACUUGAGGAUUGGAGAUGUCUUCACAUUCAGAGUUACUGUGUUGCAGGCGUCAAGCAUAUCUGCAGAGUAUGCAGACAUAUUCUGCCAGUUCAAUUUUAUUCACAGGCAUGAUGAAGCGUUUUCCACAGAACCACUGAAGAACACUGGACGUGGUCCACCACUUGGCUUCUAUCAUGUGCAGAAUAUUGCCGUGGAGGUGACCAAGUCCUUUAUAGAGUACAUAAAGACUCAGCCAAUCGUGUUUGAAGUCUUUGGACAUUACCAGACGCAGCCUUUCCCUCUGCUCUGCAAGGAUCUCAUUAGCCCGUUCCGUCCAUGUAGGCGGCAGUUCCCAAGAGUCAUGCCCCUUUCCAAACCAGUACCUGCCACCAAACUGACAGCUCUCACACGGCCCACAGCAGGACCGUGCCACUGUAAAUACGACCUGAUGGUCUACUUUGAAAUAUGUGAGCUUGAGGCCAAUGGAGACUAUAUCCCAGCUGUAGUGGAUCACAGAGUGGGCAUGCCCUGCCAUGGCACAUUCAUGUUACAUCAGGGCAUCCAAAGGAGAGUGACAGUCACGAUUGUACAUGAGACAGGAAGAGAUAUUGAGUGGAAGGAAGUGCGAGAGCUGGUUGUUGGACGCAUCCGGAAUACACCUGAAGCAGACGAGACAAUCAUAGACCCCAACAUUCUCUCUCUCAACAUACUGUCUGCAGGAUACAUCCAACCAGCACAAGAUGACAGACAAUUUCUUGAUUCCGAUAUGCCUAGGACAUUCUACCACUUUGAGGCUGCUUGGGAUUCAUCCAUGCACAACUCUUUGCUGCUAAACCGUGUCACUCCUUAUGGAGAGAAAAUCUACAUGACUCUAUCUGCAUACCUGGAGAUGGAGAACUGCACACAGCCUACAGUGAUAACCAAAGACUUAUGCAUGGUGUUCUAUUCACGAGAUGCCAAGCUUGCAGCAUCUCGCUCCAUCAGGAACCUCUUCAGCAGUGGCAGUUUGAGGCCAUCUGAAGGGAACCGUGUAACUGGCGUGUAUGAGGUCAGUCUGUGCCACCUGGCUGAUGCAGGGAGCCCAGGAAUGCAAAGAAGGCGCAGGAGGGUGCUGGACACAUCGGUGGCAUAUGUGAGAGGGGAGGAGAACCUGGCUGGCUGGAGGCCCCGUAGUGACAGCCUCAUCCUGGACCAUCAGUGGGAGCUGGAGAAACUGAGCCUCCUGCAGGAGGUGGAGAAAACCAGGCACUACCUCCUCCUUAGGGAGAAGCUGGAGUCCACCCUGCUGCUGGGCCAGGAGUCGUUGCUGUCCUGCGGGAGUGAGGAUCUAACCGAGUCCUCUUCCCCCUCCACCCACCUGGGCCUUGGCCAAAGCCCUGGCCCUGGCCCUGACACGCCCAAUGAGAGGCAGAGGAAGCUGGCUGCCAAGUGCCUGCGUUUGCUUAACCACACCUUUAACAGAGACUACAGCCACGUGUGUGUUAGCGCCAGCGAGAGCAAGUUAAGUGAGAUGUCAGUGACUCUUCUGAAAGACUCUGCUUCAGUCUGUGCUCAAAGCACUCUACCACCCUCUUCCACAUGCCCUUCACUUGUCGAGGGACGCUACGGCAGCAACACUGAACUCAGACCCCCAACACCACGAUCCCGAGCUGUCAGCCCGAACCCUGACACUGAAACAGAGGGCAAGAAGUCCCCACCAGUGUCCAGACCAAGGACCUGCACUUUUGUUCCAGACAUUCAGGAAAUCCGCGUCAGCCCUAUUGUGUCAAAGAAAGGGUAUUUGCACUUCCUGGAGCCCCACAGUAAUGGUUGGGUGAAGAGAUAUGUGGUGGUACGCCGGCCUUAUGUCUACAUCUACAACACAGAUAGAGACACAGUGGAAAGGGCCAUUCUUAACCUGUCCUCGGCACAAGUGGAAUACAGUGAAGACCAGCAGGCCAUGCUAAAGACCCCCUACACGUUUGCGGUAUGCACAGAGCAUCGUGGGAUCCUUCUUCAAGCCAGUAAUGAUAAGGAGAUGCAUGACUGGCUGUACGCCUUCAAUCCACUGCUUGCCGGAUCUAUCAGGUCUAAACUGUCCAGAAGAAGAGCCGGGCAGAUGAGGUUUUGAGAACAUCACAUGCAUACAGACUGUAAAUCUCUUCAAGGACAAAAAACAAAAUAAAAGACUAACCUUGUAAAUAGAUCUGCAGACAAAGCCCCCAGUUUUGUGCUUAAUUAAGUCUCUAUCCCCUCUCCCUCUGUUAUGUGUGUACCUGCACCUGCCCACACUAGCACCUACAGUGCACCUGUAUAUUUAAGGCCCCAUUGUUCAUCUACAGAUUCAACUUCUAGCGCCAACGGAAUGGGCUAACUACUUUAUUGAGUUAGAAAUAGUAUAUACUUAUGUAGUCUUCAGCAACAGCUUAGAAAGAAACAGGGUUGGCAAUGGAAAUUCCUAAUUCUGAAGCUGUAAACUCAUGUAAACAGAUUAAACAUUUUUUUACUGUGAUCAGUGAUAUCCAUAUCCACAAGGCUGUGCCUCAUCUCGAGUUCAGUGAGAAAAUGAAGACUAGUAAAUUAUUGCAGUCACAUGGCCUUAUUGUGUUACUCCUGACUUGUUUAAAUCUCUGGGUUUAAAACGAUAAAACUGAUCAGUAUUUAAGUCAGCCGACCAUAUGUUUAUUCAUCUCUUGGCUAUGGCUGAUAGAAUUGAUCAAUGAUAAGCAAUUCUUAGCAAGGAACAGAUGAAUCACAUCAUAUUACGCUCUUUCUCUCUUUAAGUGCAGUUCUUGGGUAGAGUUGAACCUGACAUAAAUACUCAUAUACCUUUAUAAUCUUUCCCUUGUAAGGCCUUGAAAUGCAUAAAGAUUUCAAAAUAAUCAGGACACAUGAGGAAAAAUUUGGCAACAGAAUGUGGUUGCAUUCUCAUAUCUCUGUAUGAGAACCAUUAUAAAGAUUCUGCCUAUUUUUGUUGGAGAACCGGUCGUUAGAUUUAUCUAAAAUGUAUCAUAAUCUGUCUAAUAAUCUAAUAUAUUUUAUAUAGCAAAAUUAUCAGUAUCCCCAAAUGAUCUUAUAUCUGUCUAAUUUAUUUUUAUUUGAUUUCAGCAUGUAUUUAUUGACAAAGACUGUAAUAUUUUUGAAGAAGUACAGUGCAAUUUCUGCAUAUGGCACUUUUUUAUCUUGAGUUGACUAACCUCCCUUUUACUGAACACACUGCUCUCAUUCCCCCUAACACAAUGAAAUACAUUUGGGGAAUAGGACAGAAAUGAAUGCUGGGGUAGCUGCUAUUACAUGUAGAUUACUUGAAUUUUACUUUUUAGAGAUGUUAAGUAGUUGGUUAAGAAUUUUUUUUUGUUGUUGUUGCAAGAUUUAUCAGGUAGAGAGAAAAAAAAAAACACCAUACUUUUCAACCCAAAACCUAAAUGAGUGUGUGUGUACAUUGGUAAAUCUUACAAAGAAAAUGAAAGGUUUUGAAGAUAGUUUGAACAAGUUGAAAUUUUUACAGUACUGAUGGAAUUUUCUACAAGCUCCCCAGUGAGAGAGAUGAACUGAUUUUGUGCCUCUAUAGCAUCAUCUACACUCUGUUUUUGUUUUAUAAUCUUUAUCUUCUUAAACCCUGUACAUGUUUUAACAGGGUGAACUUCCAAUUUCAGCUCCACCCAUUUGUAUCAUUCUUUCUCUUUGUGUGUAAAAAAAAAAAAAAAUGUGCACAGGCAAAAACAGUUUUCAGUUUGUUUGCAUAUUAAGAAAUGAUGCCCUGCACUUAAUGUGAGUAGAUUUAACUGCAUUUUCUAAACAUAUCAAGAUCUGGUGUAAAAUAUAUUUUAUCUUCUCUUUCUAUUGAACAAAUCAAUCUGGCUACUCAACCAGAAACAUUUUAAGUUUCUCACCUGUAACAUCAUCACAUCAUCUCUGUAUUCCAGAAAUAAGCCCUGCUGACCAUCUAAAAAUGUUCAGCUCUAAUUUAUUGUGAUUGUAAUCAUAUGAUAUAUUGCUCCAUAUGAUUAUAUGGACUGAUAAGGCGAAACAAUGCAUUUUAUAUUCUUUAUUAUUAUUAUUUCUAAUGAUGCCUCUGGUCUUCUCCUUGUGUUGUGCAUAAUAUCAAUAGGCUUAAGUUGCGCAAACCCAUAAAAUGCUGUCUAAGUUGUAUUAUGCCCAAACAAAAUGUGCAUGAAAAUCUGGAAUAGUAUCAUCACUUUGGAAUGGUUGAGACUGCUCAAACUGUAUUUUGAAUAUGGCUCUGACAUUACUAAGCUAAUAUAAUACCAUAACUUCUCCUUUUUACAUAACCAUUGUUGUAUACAGAACCAUUGGUAACACUUUGCAAUAUGGUUCCAUUUGUUAACAUUAGUUAACAACAUUAGUUAACAUGAACUAACAAUUAACAAUACUUUUACAGCAUUUUUUAAUCUUAGUUAAUGUUAAUGUCAACAUAUACUAAUACAUUUUUAAAAUCAAAUGUUGCAUUCAUUAACAUUAGUUAAUGUAUGACAAUGAACAACUGUGUUUUUAUUAACUAACAUAAAGAUUAACAAAUGCUGUGAAAAAUAUAUUGUUAAUUGUUUGUUCCUGAUACCUAAUGCAAAAACUAUUGUAAACGAAUGUAACUUUAUUCUAAAGUGUUACCAAAGCAUUUGCUAGCAAGUGGGCCAGAUCAUGACUAAGGCAGUCAUUGUAGCAGAGCAUACAGAUCCACAAUUGUUGCUUAAAGCCAAACUGCUUAUAAUGUGGUGUGAUUGAACGAUCCUGAACUUUCUGUCAUGCAAGCCUUUUCUUCAUAUUGUUCAGAGUGCAGACCAACUGUUUGCAAAUGGCCUGAGGUGUCUUGCAGAUACUGUAGGUAGAUCAAAAAACUGCGUGAGUCAGGCACAUGAGCAUUACUGAGGCCAGCCAAACUACAGUGCAUGCUCAGUACAGCAGAAAUCUAACACUCAUCUGAAAGCCUUGAUCUGUUUGUGUACACAUCUAAAUUCAUAUAGAUUUGUAUAGGAUUUGCAACCCUUUUCUUGUGUUUAUUUUAUUUGACCAGCUUAUUCUGUGAAAAAAAAAAAAAGAAGCAAAUGGUAGGCUAUUCAGUUGUUACACAAUCCUUUAAUUUCUGUAGGAUUCUCAAUCCCUAAUGACUUUGUUUUUUCUGUAUUGUUUGUGUGUAAACAGUACAAUCAGGUUCUGUUCACUGUUACGACCAGUUCAGAGUAAAUACUGUAUAGUGUAUGGUCACUCACUACUUAAAAAAAAAAAAAAAACUGUGUAUGUGCAUUUGUGCAUAUGAAAAUGGUAAUAGCAGAUGCAUUUUUGAAAUGGUUGAAAUUAUUAAAAAUAAAGAGUUAAAAUAACCACUUUCAGUUUGAGGUACAUACAUGUAAAUGGGAGUUGUCUUAGUUUUUGGCUGUGCACCUUGUAGAAAGUAACACAGAGGGUUGAAUGAUAUUCUUCAUGUUAUAGCCUGUCCUGUACCAUUUCUACAAGCAAUUUACAAAAACUAAUAAUAAUAAUCCCAUUAUCAUGUUCCUGAGCUAAAAAAAUUAAUUGCACACAUUUUUUCAUCUUCCAAAGUGAAAGAAUAAAUCAGUUUUCUUCAUGACAGCAAUUAUUUGUGUGCUUCCAUUCACCUCUUAUGCACAGAAUUCAUUCAUAGGCAUUUUCUGUCUUUUCCUCUUCAUUUUACAUGCCUUGUAUAUAAACAUGAUUGCUGUGAAUGGAGUAUUAUGCAGUUGUAACCUGUUUGUACCAUCUUAAAUCGGCUGUAGUUCAGUGUCUCUUUCUGAGUGUUGGAGUUAUGAGUCAAAUAUUUGUGUACACUUAACACAUUGUCAGAUAUGAAAUAAAUGUGGAACUUAUGCAACACAA